UGCAACGAAAGGGGAAAUCUUUAUUCCAAGAGAAGAUUGAUCUCCAACUAGCAGCCAAACAGACGUUAGGAAGAAGCUCCGAUGGUAGCAGCUCCGAAGAACCGUGAAAACCAGACUCGGCUUCGGAGCUUCUCUUCCACUUCCUCUCUCCGUCCUAAAACACUUACAAAUCCAAGGGAAGAUAUGGGCAGCCAAGCCCCUCUAAAUGGUGAUCGCUCAAGGACAAACUGGACACCAGCGAUGGAGCGCUACUUUAUUGAUCUUAUGCUAGAUCAGGUGCAUAGAGGAAAUAGGAUGGGCCACACAUUCAAUAAACAAGCUUGGAAUGACAUGCUGGUCAUGUUUAAUGCCAAUUUUGGAUCUCCAUAUGAUGUAAAUGCAUUAAAAAGUCGUUACACUAAUUUGUGGAAGCAAUUCAAUGAUAUAAAGAAUCUUCUUGAUCAAAAUGGAUUUUCUUGGGAUAACAAUCGGCAAAUGUUGAUUGCUGAAAAAUAUGUAUGGGAUGCCUACAUCAAGGCUCACCCAGAUGCACAAUUCUAUAGGAACAGAGCUUUGAUAAAUUUCAAUGACUUGUGCUUGAUAUAUGCACAUACAACAGCAGAUGGAAGAUAUAGCCUGUCAAGUCAUGACAUAGACUUCGAUGAUGACAUUCAAGCAAUGAAUUUUGCUGUUGGAGUGAAUAGCCUUGCUACUGCAAGUAAAGAGCAACCUAAAACAGAUUGGACACCGGCCAUGGACCGUUAUUUUGUGAAACUUAUGCUGGAUCAACUGAAAAAAGGCAAUAAGAUUAACAAUGCAUUUAAGAAACAAGCUUGGAAAGAUAUGCUCACCAUGUUCAACACGAAAUUUGGGUCUCAGUAUGGCAAAAAUUUCUUAAAACAACGUUACAAGAAAUUGUUGAAAUAUUAUACUGAUGUGAGGGAUCUACUUCUGGAAAAAGGAUUUUCAUGGGAUGAAAAACAACAAAUGAUAACAGCUGAUAGCGAUGUUUGGGAUUAUUACAUCAAGGCACAUCCAGAUGUACGUUGCUAUAGGAAGAAGCCAUUACUUAAUUAUCAUGACUUGAGCUUAAUAUAUGGAAAUGCAAUUAGCAAUGGUAACUUUCAGAGAGGGAAAAAUUUUGAAGAUGACAAAUUACUAUACAAGAAUGGUGAAGAGAGGGAAGGCCAUUCUACUGCUGGGAAUGGUCAUCUGGCUCACAGUGAGGAUCCUGACAGUGAAGGCCCAGAUUUGAUGAUUGAAGGUGAAGAGAUUCAAAGCCUGGUGAAUGGUAACUGUUCAAGGACAGAUUGGACUCCUUCAAUGGACCGUUACCUCAUUGACCUAAUGCUGGAGCAAGGGCAUAAAAUGAGCAAUAUGGACAAUACCAUGGACAACCAAGUAUGGAUAGAUAUGGUUGCAUUGUUCAAAGAAAGAUUUGGAUUACAACAUGACAAAGAUGUUUUAAGGAGUCGCUGUAAAGGGUUAGAGAAGCAAUACGUUGAAAUGAAAGAUCUUCUUGAUCGGAGAGAGUUUUGGUGGGAUGAAACACAGCAAAUGGUCACAGCAUAUGAUGAUGUUUGGGAUGCUUAUAUUGAGGGACACCCAGAUGCAGAACCAUACAGAACCAAAUCUGGACCAAACUACAACGAUUUAUGCAUAAUUUAUGGAAAUUCAACUGCAGAAGGAGGGUCCAAUCCAUCAGGCCAAGGAGAAAAAUUUAGCAAUAGCUAUCACUGGAGAACUGAUUGGACACCCUCAAUGGAUCGAUGUUUUAUUGAUCUAAUGUUGGAGCAAAUUCGCUAUGGAAGUAUGGUUAACCAUAAAUUCAGCAAACUAGCUUGGACUGAUAUGGUUGCAAAGUUCAGGGCACAGUUUGGUUGUCAGCAUGACAAGGAUGUCUUAAAAAGUCGUUUCUUGAACUUGAGGAAACGAUUCAAUGACAUGAAAACUCUACUUGACCACAGUGGGUUUGCUUGGGAUGAAAUGCAGCAGAUGGUAACUGCUGACGAUGAUCUAUGGGAUGCUUAUAUCAAGGAGUACCCUGAUGCACGAUCAUACCGCAACAGAACUCUCCCAAAUUUCAAUGAUUUAUUCUUGAUAUAUGGAAAUUCAAACAGCAUCAAAAGAGACAGUUAUUCAAGUAACUCUAUAGAGGUAGAAGAUGAUGACGUGGCAGUAAACAUUGUUGUAGGUGAAGAAUAUGACCAGUGCGCUGAUGAUAUUCAUCCUCCAAGGGAACAUCUAGAUGUAAUUGCAUGCAGAGAUAGCUUUGUGGAUACUUAUAAUGAUUUAUAUACUAUAUUUAGCAAUAGAGCACCACAAGAAAGAUCAAGUUAUUUGGGUGUGAAAAUGGAAAUGGAAAACAAUGUCUUAAUGCCAGGUAUGGAUGAUAGCUUUUAUGACAUGCAAUCCCCAGCUAGGGAGUUUGAAAUCUAUGAUCAACCAAAAAAACGAAAAUCUAGAACCUCAAAAUCAGCAUGCACUAGAAAAGUCCUAAGAACCCUUGAGGAGGAGAUGCAAGAAACUACACAUAAGAAGCGGGGUUUGGCAGACAGGCGGGCAAAUGAGGAAGAAGAUGAAGACUAUUGCUCAAUUGAAAAGGUUGUGGCUGCACUUGAAACAGUACCAGACAUGAACGACGAGCUUUUCUUGGAAGCGUGUCAGCUUUUAGAAGAUGAAAGAAAGGCCAAAAUGUUUGUAGCGAUGGAUGUAACAGCUAGGAAAAAAUGGUUGUUGAGAAAACUUUGCAGGUAGCAUAUGUUUUUGCGUGCAUAAUGAAAUAUGUAAAUUCUCGCCACCAUUUUUUAUUCUUUGUACACAAGAUUACACACCAAUGGAAACACUUGAUAUUUUUCAGAAGAAGAAAAAAGGUAAUUUUCCUA